CAGUCCAUUUUAAAUAAAAGACUUGUGUCAAUAAUAUUGUAUUUUAGAUUGAAAUUCUUAGUGAAAGUUUUCAGAAUGAUAAUUAAAAGUGUGUAUUUACUAAUUCUGUUUGCGGUAGCAGAAAGCUUGAACAUACUCCCUUCUUUUCCGCAAAAUAAGGUAAGCACUAGUCACGGAAAGUGGUGGCAGACUGCUUCUUUCUAUCAAAUCUACCCCAGAUCGUUUAAGGACAGUGAUGGAGAUGGCGUGGGAGAUUUAAAAGGUAUUACCGAAAAGUUACCAUAUUUAAAAGAAAUUGGAAUUACCUCAUUAUGGCUCUCACCGAUUUUCCCUUCACCGAUGGCCGACUUCGGCUAUGACAUUUCCAACUUUACUGAAAUAGAACCAAUUUUCGGCAACAUGGAAGACUUCGAUGCUCUGAUGGCAAAAGCCAACGAAAUUAAAAUUAAAAUAAUAUUGGAUUUCGUUCCAAACCACUCAAGUGAUGAAUCUAUAUGGUUUAAGAAAUCAGUCGAACGUGAUCCUGAAUUUGAAGAUUUUUACGUUUGGCAUCCAGGGAAAAUAGUCAAUGGCACAAGACAACCACCUUCAAAUUGGAUGAGUCAAUUUCGUGGUAGUGCAUGGGAAUGGAAUGAGCAACGUCAAGAAUACUACUACCAUCAAUUUGUUAAAAAGCAACCGGACUUAAAUUACCGUAAUCCUAAAGUCAAGGAAUAUAUGAAUGAAGUCUUAAAAUUCUGGCUGAAAAAGGGUGUUGCGGGAUUCCGUUGCGAUGCUGUGCCAGGAAUUUUUGAAAUAGCGCCUGAUACCAAUGGCAACUAUCCAGAUGAGCCACGAAAUAAUUCAGUAAACGACAAAGAUGCUUAUAACUAUGUUCAACAUAUUUAUACUUCUGAUCUACCGGAAACUGUUCAGCUGGUUUAUGAAUGGAGAAAACUUUUAGAUGAUUUCAAGGCUGAAAAUGGUGGUGAUGACAGAAUUCUCAUGAUUGAAACAUAUUCUGAAAUUGACAAAGUUAUGGAAUACUAUGGAAAUGAAACUCACAUAGGGGCUCAGAUACCUUUCAACUUCCUUAUGAUAACUUAUUUAACGAAUAACUCUGAUGCCUAUUAUUAUGCUGAAAUUAUAAAUUUGUGGUUGGAUAAAAUGCCUAAAGGAAAGACAGCUAACUGGGUGCUUGGAAAUCAUGACAGGUCACGGGUUGGAUCGCGAAUGGGAACUGAUCGCAUUGAUUUGAUGCACAUGUUAAUGUUAACUCUUCCAGGAUGCAGUGUCACAUAUCAGGGUGAAGAAAUAGGUAUGACAGAUGUUUGGAUGUCAUGGAAUGAUACCGUCGAUCCACAAGCUUGUAACUCUAACCCAGAGAUAUAUUUGCCCCUAUCUCGCGAUGCAUGUCGAUCACCCUUCCCAUGGACCGAUGAAAAAAAUGCCGGAUUUUCUAAUGGAUUAAAGACUUGGCUGCCAGUCUCGGAUUUGUAUCCUCUAGUUAACGUUAAAAGAGAACGUGGUAUUCCGUUCAGCCAUUUAAAUGUUUAUAAGCAAUUACAAAGCUUAAGAUCUGAAAGCACUCUCAUCGAAGGGGACACGCAAGUUAAAGCUGUAAGCGAAACGGUUUUAGCUAUCAAGAGAUCAUUGUCAAAUAAACAUACUUACAUCACUUUGGUGAACAUAAUGGACAACGUGGAAACCGUUAAUUUGUAUUCGGUAUUCGCCAACAUUUCACCUAAUCUGGAAUAUGUAAUCGUAACUCCUAAGUCUGAACGUAGAAAAGGUGACCAGACGUAUGCUGAUCAAAUUAUUAUGCUGCCUAAAGAAGCAGUUGUUUUACGAACAACAAAAUAUUAGCGAUGGCUUAAAAUAAAUAUUGACAUGUAUUUGGUUCUGCUUAUUAAAAAAUAUUGAUGAAAAAAAUUUUA